AUGAGACUCCGCGAGACCAUCCGUCCGCCUGGCCGGCUCAGCGAAGAGGCGUCCACCUACACAACUCCAAGAAGAACCUAUCGUCGAGGAAGUAUCUCGUCUCGUGUUAGAUGCGAGGCUUUCAACCCAAACCUCCCUCCUGCAGCCUUUCCUACCUUGGAUCGACCACGCGAUCCGAAACCAAACACCGAUGCGCAGAACAAUAAUGCAGAUGAUUAUACUAGUCGCAAGCGUUCAUAUAACUGCAUGGACACUGGCAGCCACGGCCAUCCUCAGCCAGAGCUAGUGACAGAGACCUGGGCUGAAGUUCAGGAGAUCCCUGUCGAGCUAAUCGACAACUUGUUCGCAAGCAAUGGGGAGCUGAAUUCUGUUUACCGCAAGAACAUGGCCAUCAUGGCUGGGGCAGGGCCAGAAAGGUCGCCUUUUGAGGAAAGCAUGGAAGACAGUGACACUGACGAGGAGGCUGAAGGGCUUGCUAUAGAACCACUCGCGCCUAUCGAUUGGCACGACCUACUCCCACCCGUGCAGGUUGAGAUAUUCGAGAACGUGGAAUCAAGCUAUAGCCGACCUGCCAGGGCUUUGCUCGGUAUCUCUGACGAAGAUCUUGAGGAAGUACAGCAUAACCUAGUUCUUCGCGCGAGACAGCUGAAGCGAGAAGACCGGCUACUGGAGGCGAUGCGCGCGAAGCAGCUCAGAGCAAUCCUUCAAACCAACAAUGCUGCUCCGCGAGCUAGUCAAGUUCCGCCUAAGCUCGCAUGCCAGAUGAUUUCGCGGCGAUACCUCCGCAAUAUCAGGGGGACUACCACGUCAGAUUUCCUGACUUGUCCGGCCGACGAAGUGUUGCGCGCUCGAAGAUACAUAGAGAAACGUGAGAUGGACGGGAGUAUUGUAGGCGAUUGGGGAGAUGAUGAUGCAGUUAGAAUGCAGCUCUCUGUGGAAGACCUGACCCGCAAAUCGGAAAAGAACCCUGCCAGCCAUCUUUAUCCUUCUGAACAGUCCGUCCUAAGUCCUGUCGGUGAUAGUGCGUUUGUCGAUAUAUCAUCUCCGAGAACCGACCGCACCUCUGCUCAGGUAUCCUUGAUCAACUCUAUAGGCACCAAGUGUCUCCCUAUGCUGAAGGACAGUGUGUUAUGCCAGGGUCAAGCCAACGAUCCUCCCCGAUGGCUAGCUCUCAGUCACUGGAAUACAAGCGAGAACUAUCACCAUCCCAACUGGGAUAAUCAUGUAAAGACUCGCGAGAUCGAGGAGAUACUGGAAGCCCAGAGAACGAAUCCUGACGGGCAAUACAUACAACUGAGAAACACUUUCCUGCACUUCCCUCCCCUGAGUUGGAUUUUCCACGAGCGUUCAUGUCCAGUAUUUGCUUCACAAAGAGAAGCUCCCGGCGAAGCGUCUCGCUCGAAUCAAGGUCAACGGGCACACUCUAACACUUCGACUAGAACCUCCCAGAUGGCUGCUAGAAGAACCAAGUCAAGCGGUUCUAGUCCAUCCAGUGAGACGAGACUCGUGAGAGUCUUCAUGCGUCUCAGACAAGAGAUUACUGUGAUGGUCAUCGAAGCACGCAGAAGAAUGACAGAGAGAUCGAAUAGAGAAGUUCAGCGAGCUGCUUUAUCUGACCAUCGCAAACUACCAUAUGAGGACAUCUGGACCCCUCCUACAAGUCCUAGCCGAGGAUUUCACAUGCCAGCGUCCAGGCCUUUACGAAGUGUCAGUAGCAAUGUCUUCUUCACCCCCAGGGCAGCAGUCCCGCAAGAAGAGGAUGCACGGGUGGAAUCAUCUGACAGCGUGAUGAGUGAUUUAUCCACUCAAGACACAGAGGCAUCAGCACGUACCUCAGUCGAGCCAAGAUCCGGGUCUGAGGCCAAAGAGCAAUCGGAAACAGCCAUGCCGGAGGCGGAAACCAGCUCUGAGGUUGGGUCCACGGGAAGUGGUGCAGAGGAAUAUGACACUGCGGACGAGAUGGUCCUUGUACCUAACUAA